CCCAUCCUCACCAACCUCACAGCUAAAGACUGGAGAGUCUGGGCACCGGGCUCAGACGGCCCCGCUGAUCGCAGAACUUUUGUGAACUUCAAACACCCGCGAGCGAGGCCCCCUGGCGCCGCCUCCUGUCCCUCCCGAGCGCCGCGUUGCCAGCUGAGAUUUCGACUGGGAACAGUGGGAGAGAAGGCUGGCAGGACUCCGCGCUCAGCAUGCAGGCGCUCAACAUCACGGCGGAGCAGUUCUCCCGGCUGCUGAGUGCCUACAACCUGACUCGGGAGCAGUUCAUUCAGCGCUACGGCCUGCAGCCGCUGGUCUACACCCCCGAGCUGCCCGCGCGCGCUAAACUGGCCUUCGCGCUGGCAGGAGCACUCAUUUUUGCCCUGGCGCUCUUUGGCAACUCUCUGGUGGUCUACGUGGUGACCCGCAGCAAGGCCAUGCGCACCGUCACCAACAUCUUCAUCUGCUCCCUGGCGCUCAGCGACCUCCUCAUCGCCUUCUUCUGCAUCCCCGUCACGAUGCUCCAGAACAUCUCCGACAAGUGGCUGGGUGGUGCCUUCAUUUGCAAGAUGGUGCCGUUUGUCCAGUCCACUGCCGUCGUGACAGAAAUCCUCACUAUGACGUGCAUUGCUGUAGAGAGGCACCAAGGCCUUGUCCAUCCUUUUAAAAUGAAGUGGCAGUACACCAACCGAAGGGCUUUCACAAUCUUGGGUGUGGUCUGGUUGGUGGCCAUCAUCGUCGGCUCACCCAUGUGGCACGUGCAGCGACUUGAGAUUAAGUAUGACUUCCUAUAUGAAAAAGAACAUGUCUGCUGCUUGGAAGAAUGGGCCAGCCCCGUGCACCAGAAAAUCUACACCACCUUCAUUCUCGUCAUCCUCUUCCUCCUGCCUCUCGUGGUGAUGCUUGCCCUCUACAGUAAGAUUGGCUAUGAACUGUGGAUCAAGAAAAGAGUGGGAGACAGCUCAGCGCUUCAAACUAUUCACGGGAAAGAAAUGUCCAAAAUAGCCAGGAAGAAGAAGAGGGCUGUCGUGAUGAUGGUGACAGUAGUGGCUCUCUUUGCGGCAUGCUGGGCACCUUUCCAUGUUGUCCACAUGAUGGUUGAAUACAGUAAUUUUGAAAAAGAAUAUGAUGAUGUCACAAUCAAGAUGGUUUUCGCUGUAGUACAAAUCAUUGGGUUUUUCAACUCCAUCUGUAACCCCAUUGUGUACGCGUUUAUGAAUGAAAACUUCAAAAAGAAUUUCUUGUCUGCAGUUUGCUAUUGCAUAGUGAAAGAAACCUUCCCUCCAGCACGGAAGCAUGGGAAUUCUGGAAUUUCAAUGAUGCAAAAGAGAGCAAAGUUAUCACGACAACAGCGUCCAGUAGAAGAAACCAAAGGAGAUGCAUUCAGCGAUGCCAACAUCGAGGUCAGAUUGUGUGAGAAACCGGGAGAGAAAAGGCAGCUCAAGCGACAGCUUGCCUUCUUUAGUUCUGAAGUUUCUGAAAAUUCCACUUUCGACAGUGGACAUGAAUUGUAAUGGUACCUUCAGAAUUGAGAUCAUUUGCGUGGAAAGUUAUUUUGAGCAAAGGUCAAAGACUGUUUUUUAAGUAUUGACAAAAAGAGAAGCAGGACAUGUUUUCCAUUUGAACUGACACAGUACAUGAAACUAUGACUUUAAAAGAUCAUUAAAGCAGCUCUGAAGAUUAUUAAAGUACAUUUAGCAAAGACAUCAUAAAAAAAACAAUGGUUUUGGCAGCAGUUUUCAUCCAUGUAGUCAAUGUAAUGUGACUUUCUGUGCAUUGCUAAACGGGGUAAAAAUUAUUAAAAUUGUGCUAUCGUCCUUGAAUAUUAAACAGCUGAACAUUGUAAUGUAAUGUACAGUAUGCUGUUGAACUUAGGAAAACAAACUUUGCAAUUGAUAUUUGUGCUGUAAUGAAAAAAGUAAAAAAGGAUGAAGAAUCGGGCAAGUGACAAGUAAUAGAACUUAAGAGACAAAUACAUGGUCCUAUGAGUUGCCAUCUCUGUGAUGACAGGUCACCUCAUCUCAUCCUUUAAAGUCUCUGUUUGUCCCUGUAUGAACUGAGGUUCUGCCUUACUUGCUUCGUGGAGCGGUCCCGAAACAAAGUGCCUAAAAAGAAAGGCACUUUCUAAAGUGAUGAGCUGUGGGUCCCGGCCCUGCCCCUCCUGUCUCUGGCUCCCCUGUUCUGCUCUGUUUUCCCUUCUAAAACUUAGUCCAGCGCUACCUCACUCUCCUCUCAUGUCUGUGUUGUAACUGGUGUUUCUCAUCAAAAGAAACAUGGGGUAACCUUAUUUAUUGACAAAAAUAGAUCAUAGAUAGAUAGAUAGAUGACAGAGAUUACAGAUGUUUAUAUAUUUUUGGUACUUUAUUUCCUCUAGUGAGAGGAAAGACUUUUUGAUAUGUAUUAAGAGAGACUUUCUUUGUAGCAGACUAACGGGGAAGGUCUGAGGCAACGCUGAGCUUGUAGAAUAUUGCUAUCUCCAAGGCACACCUCCUAGUGGUGCACCAGGAAGGACAGAGUCACUGUCAGCACUCUUUUACUGUCCCCACAGACAGGAUACCCCAAGCCAGGCCACAGCCUCAUUGCCUACAUGUCUCUUCUGCCUCCAGUUUGCGAGCAUUCAUUCCAUCUGAAGAACUCAGAACAGUUUAUAAUUUAAGCUUUAAGCUUUGGAAACCAAAGAGCACAAACUACUUGGGUCCCCUUAGUUACAAGCAUUUCAUCUUAUGUGCAUCAGAGAAGUGUUGUUGAAAAGGAAAAAGGUAAAAGACAGGGUGUAGAAUGAGAAAAACAAAUUGCAUGACACAGGAAAAUUAGCAAGUGAAAAGGGGGGAAACUCAUUUGUUUUUUAUGGCUCACUUUUGUAAAGUGCCACCUUUUUUGUCUAGUUACACUGUAACAAAACACUGAUCAUUACACUGAGAAAUCCUUUAAAGUGGUCCUGAUGUGCUGAUUUUGAUUAUCUUCACUUAACCGCUAAACAUUUGUAUGAUAAUAAAACGUUAAGUGUAGAAUUAUGUACUUAUCCAUCCAUAAAUAAUAAAUUCAAAGCAGAAAGCAUCCCUAGUGGCUUCCAACGGAAGAAUGACCAACUGGGCAAUGCUACAUCAAUGUGGUCUAUAUUUUCAAGGAGCCCCGAUGGUUGUGUGUGAUGGGGGAAGUAAUUUUAGUAAUAGGAAACUAUACAACUUCUAGUGGGGAGGAAUGUGCAGUGUGCAUGCCUGGUUCCCACAGGGGCCAGAAGAGGGCGUCAGAUCCCCUGAAACUGCAUUACACGUGGUAAUGAGCUGCCAUGCGGGUGCUGGGAACAGUGCCUGUGCCCUCUGGAAGAGCAGCCAGUGCUCUUGGCUACUGAGUUAUUCUUCCUAAUGUUUAAUUUGGUCUUUGCCACCAUCAAACCUGUGAAAUUCCUUUAUUUGACAUCCCAUUAAGAGUUAUUUCUGUGGGAGGGACUGAGGGAAGGGACUACAGCUGGGAUACAAAGUAAAUAAACUGUAAUUAAUAUGAAAAAAAUAAAAAUAAUUUUAAAAAGUUAUUUUUGCGCUAAUGUAACA